ACCAUGACCACCACCAUCCGCCAGUUCACCUCCUCCAGCUCCAUCAAGGGCUCCUCCGGCCUGGGGGGCGGCUCGUCCCGCACCUCCUGCCGGCUGUCUGGCAGCCUGGGUGCCGGCUCCUGCCGGCUGGGCUCGGCCAGCGGCCUGGGCAGCGGCUUUGGGGGCAGCAGCAGCUACUCCAGCUGCUACAGCUUUGGGUCUGGCGGGAGCUAUGGCAGCAGCUUCGGGGCUGUGGACGGGCUGCUGGCCGGCGGGGAGAAGGCCACCAUGCAGAACCUCAACGACCGCCUGGCCUCCUACCUGGACAAGGUGCGCGCCCUGGAGGAGGCCAACACGGAGCUGGAGGUGAAGAUCCGCGACUGGUACCAGAAGCAGGCCCCGGGCCCCGCCCGCGACUACAGCCACUACUACCACACCAUCGAGGAGCUCAAGAACAAGAUCCUCACGGCCAGUGUGGACAACGCUAGCAUCCUGCUCCAGAUUGACAACGCCCGGCUGGCGGCUGAUGACUUCCGCACCAAGUUCGAGACGGAGCAGGCCCUGCGCAUGAGCGUGGAGGCCGACACCAAUGGCCUGCGGCGGGUGCUGGACGAACUGACCCUGGCCAGGGCUGACCUGGAGAUGCAGAUCGAGAACCUGAAGGAGGAGCUGGCCUACCUGCGCAAGAACCACGAAGAGGAGAUGAGCUCUCUGCGAGGCCAGAUGGGUGGCGAGAUCAACGUGGAGAUGGACGCCGCACCCGGCAUCGACCUCAGCCGCAUCCUGUCUGAGAUGCGUGACCAGUAUGAGAAGAUGGCCGAGAAGAACCGCAAGGACGCCGAGGACUGGUUCUUCAGCAAGACGGAGGAGCUGAACCGCGAGGUGGCCACCAACAGCGAGCUGGUGCAGAGCGGCAAGAGCGAGAUCUCCGAGCUCCGGCGCACCGUGCAGGCCCUGGAGAUCGAGCUGCAGUCCCAGCUCAGCAUGAAAGCCUCCCUGGAGGGCAGCCUGGCGGAGACGGAGAACCGCUACUGCAUGCAGCUGUCCCAGAUCCAGGGGCUCAUCGGCAGCGUGGAGGAGCAGCUGGCCCAGCUGCGCUGCGAGAUGGAGCAGCAGAACCAGGAGUACAAGAUCCUGCUGGACGUGAAGACGCGGCUGGAGCAGGAGAUCGCCACCUACCGCCGCCUGCUGGAGGGCGAGGAUGCCCACCUGACUCAGUACAAACCCAAAGAACCCGUGACCACCCGCCAGGUGCGCACCAUCGUGGAGGAGGUCCAGGAUGGCAAGGUCAUCUCCUCCCGUGAGCAGGUGCACCAGACCACCCGUUGA